AUGAGGCGGCGGGAGACUAGAGAAAGGCCAGGCCGCUUUUCUCAGUUUUCCGACUUCCCGCGGACUGCUCGCAUCCUCGAUCGCAGUCCCCUACCCUGGGCCGAAACACACUGGGUGGGGAUGGCACCCGCGACAAUCCGAGGGAGAAAGAAGGAGUGCGGCAGUCACCGACACCUACCUGUGCCCCAGCUCCAGGACGGCCGCGCCGGCCACUCGACCACGCUCCGGAGCAUUAGCCCCCGGAGCAAAACAAGCCUUUAUAGCGGCAUUGGCCGCCAGACUGCGCAGGCAAACAUUCCCCACACCCCAGCCCUGGCACUCUUCUCAAAGUUCCUUCUCUCUACAGGGAGAGGAGAUACAUUCACCAUCAAUUGCUCAGGCUUUGACCAGCAUGGGGUGGAUCCUGCUGCCUUCCAAGCAGCAUUUGCCAGAAGGGCCUUCCGUCCAGCCACCAAUGUCAGCAUCCCCAUUCGUGUUAACAUCUCCUUCACUCUGUCUGCCAUCCUGGAAGUAGAUGCACAGCUUCAGUUGAGGACAUCAUUUCUGUGGCUAAAUAUGAUCUGGUACAAUCCAUUCAUCACCUGGAACGCAAAGGAAUGCGGGGGUAUCAGGAAGCUGGGCAUGGUAACUAAGAACCUGUGGCUUCCAGAUAUCUUCCAGAUACUCAGCAUGGAUACAGAUCAGACUCCGCCAGUUCUCAUGGCUUACGUCAACAGUAAUGGCCACAUCAAAUACAGUAAGCCAAUGCGGGUAACCAGCAUCUGCAACCUGGACAUCUUCUAUUUCCCCUUUGAUGAACAGAAUUGCACCCUCACCUUCAGCUCUUUCAUCUACACAGUGGAAAAGAUGGUCCUGGGCAUGGAGCAGGAUGUGCAGGAGAUUUUGGAAACAACACAGAACAUCGUUUGGAGCAAGGGGGAGUGGGUACUUCAGAGUAUCCAUCAAAUGACGAAGAUGACUGCGGGCACCAAUGGCUAGGACCAAAUCGUCUUCUAUAUGAGUUCAGGGGUGGCCAUCAGGCGCAGACCCACCCUCUAUGCCAUAAACCUCCUGGUGCACAGCAGCUUUCUGUUCACCAUCAAAGCCCUCAGCUUCUACCUGCCAGUAGAAAGUGAGAACCAUGCCUCAUUCAAGAUGACACUCUUGCUGGGCUACAACGUCUUCCUGCUCAUGAUGAAUGACUUACUCCCCUCCAGUAGUACCUCCCUCAUCAGUGUCUAUUUUGCCCUGUGUCUGUCCCUGAUGGUGCUCAGCCUGCUGGAGACCAUCUUCAUCUCCUACCUGCUGCACCUGGCCACCACCCAGCCCCCACCCAUGCCUCGCUGGCUCCACUCCCUGCUUCUAUACUGCACCAGCCCAAGGACAUGCUGCCCUGCUGUGCUCCAGAAGGGAAACACGGGCCUUGCCCACCUGCCUGGUGUGAAGGAGCCCAUGGAGUUGGUGGGGAAGGUGCCACAUCCCAGAGAGACAGAGCUAAAUGGGUGCCCUGGCUCAGUGAGGAACCAGCCGGAAGAUGAGGCUCAGAAGCUGCACUUGGUCCGUCUGUGGGUGCGAUUAAGCCACAUGAUGGACACCCUGCUCUUCUGUCUCUACCUGCUCUUCAUGGCCACCUCCGUUGUCACAGUCAUCAUCCUCUGGAACACCUAG